AUGCACCAACACACUCGUAACUACUCUUAUGACGGCCAAAGUGCUCCCUACUCAACUUCCCAACCUCCCCCUCACCAAGGUACCAGCUAUCCCGUACCACCAACCAGCUACCAACGCAGUCAAUAUGACCCCAUGUCUGCCCAGCUAUACGUGCCAUCCAAUGCACCACCAAAUCCCCAAUACCCGCGUUCCAUGACCGUCAGCCCGGAGGCUCAGCAGUAUGCAUCCAUGCAGCCAGGUUACGUGCCUCAUCCCCAUCCCCCAUACUACGAUGGCUCGUAUGGCCAGUCCUCACAAUCCCCUGCCGUCGCUGCCCAAACACCACACUUUAUACCCACCCCCUCUGACUUUGUCGGCCAAUACGCUGCCUACCCCGCGAACGCACGACCUAUGUCCCCCAACUUCGGACGGGAAUAUUACGGCUCACCGGAGUACCAACAUGGAGCUUCUUCGUCGCAGAUUCCCCCGCAACACUCCUCACGCUACACAGGCAGUCGACCACGCAGUACGGCACCAAUAUCUCCGACUUCUACGAGUUCCCCAACAGGGGAGCGAUAUCCCUGCGACAAGUGCUCAAAGACCUUCUCAAGAUCACACGAUAGGAAGCGCCACCACGAAACUCAGCACCUUGCCACGCCAGUCGUACACCGCUGUCGAUACUGUGACAAGGAGUUCAGCCGGGCAGAUUCACUAAAAAGACACCUAGACAACGGGUGUGACGAGCGGCCGCAGUAG